AUGGAAAACUACAUUAUCACGAAAAUUAUGUGUGUCCUAUCUUACAUUGAAUGGAGGAUCCAGUGGACUCAAAAAGUCUCACCUUGUGUAGACAUGGCUCUGAGCAGAAACUUGAUUUGGUGGGAGUUGUCGAUGAGCACGGAGUCGCAAGACAGAAGGACAGGUUCUAAGCUCGAUCGAAGGUCGAGGUAUCCUCCGACAAGCUUGUGGCAUCCAGGCCGCUCUAGUCUUCUGGCGGUGUUCCGCCGUGUCGGUCUGCUUUUCUAUCACAAGUGUAUGAUCAACGAGUUUGGCGAGCAUAACAGGACUGCACCCAUGCAGAUCAUAUUCUUCCGAGACGGGCUUUCUGAUGGCAGAUAUGCCAUCGUGGGCAAAGAAGAAAUUGAGGACAUCACAGUAUCUACUAGGGGCGAUUGA